AGUCAGGUUCAGGCUGCACCGCUUACAAUGGGGUUAACGUACGUACAAACUCCGACGGCAGGGUACGACUAAGUCGGUUGUACAGACGUUAGCCACACUUCAUCUCUGUGCAGGACACGUAGCUGGCAGCACAGUCAUCCCCACAGCCACAAUGAGCAAGCGAAAGACACCUGCCCAAAGCACCCUUGAAGAGAAGGUGCAUGGCCUGAGUCUGCAAGACGUCUCCUUGGACACGGCUGCGGUCAGUGCCAGGCUGCACUUCCAGGGCACAGUGACCUACCCUUUGGUACCCCCCGUGUACCACUCGUCCACCUACGUCCUGGACAAGGUGGAGGACUUCCUGGGCGCGCUGCAAGAUGGAGGAGCUGUCUACUCGCGGUUGUCCAACUUCACCAACGACUCGGUAGAGUGCGCCAUCAACGCCCUGGAGCAAGGGGCAGGAAGUCUGGUGUUCAGCAGCGGCAUGGGCGCCAUUUCCGCCAUCUUCUUCGCCUUCCUCAAAGCAGGGGAUCACGUGGUCUGCCAAAAUCCAGUAUACUCUGGUACGAUGGAUCUGCUUAAGAUGUUCGCCAGCAACUUCAACGUCGAGGUCUCGUGGGUCAAGGCAGGCUGCUCGGUGGACGAGUACAGGAAGCUUGUGAGAAAGAACACUCGGAUGCUAUUCGGUGAGACACCGUGCAACCCCGAGAUGUCCAUCCUAGACCUAAAGGAGUUUGGUGAGCUUGGCCGGUCGCUGGACAACGUCCUGACUGUGGUGGAUGGUACCUUCGCUAGCCCCUACCUGCAGCAGAUCCUCAAGUUUGGAAUCGACAUUUCUGUUCACAGUUGCACCAAGUACAUGGGAGGUCACAGUGACCUGAUAGCGGGAUGUUUAACUACCCGUACAAUGGACCAAUGGCGGCUGCUGAAGAAACUGCAAACUAGUAUGGGCGCCUGUUUGUCGCCCCACGAUGGCAGCCUUUUACUGAGAGGCCUCAAGACUCUGCCUCUGCGUAUGAAGAAGCACAGCGAGAAUGCACAGAAGGUGGCAGAGUUCUUGGAGAAUCAUCCUAAGGUGCUAAGAGUGCGUUACCCAGGACUCGUCUCACAUCCGGGUCACGAGGUCGCCAAACGACAGAUGACGGCUUUUGGCGGCAUGAUCAUGGCGGACGUUGCCGGGGGAGUUGCGGGAGGAAAGGCAUUCGCAGAGAAUUUACGGGUGGCCAAGCUGGCCGUAUCGCUGGGUGGAGUGGAGACCAUCUUAGAGCAUGCGUACUCCAUGAGCCACGGACCCUACCUGCUGAGCGAAGAAGAGAUAAAAGAAGCAGGCAUUACACUCGGUAUGCUACGAAUCAGUAUUGGCAUAGAGGACGCUCAAGACAUCAUCAAUGACUUUGAGCAGGCGCUGGCCAGAAUCCAGGUGUAGGUGUUACGGCGGUGGUGGAGGUGAUGGUGUGCUGCUGUAAAAAUUGACGGUUAUGCUCCAGCACAUCCAUGCGUGCUUUUGUUUGUGAUGGAUCCAAUGUUUUCACUGGGUUGCCGAGAAGCAGUCGUGGUCGCUCAUUCACUGGACGACGACCUUAAGUAGCGACUAUGGCGAAAGGUCUUCAGGGGUGUAGAUACAACCUGUUUCUACCUGUUGACUUAGUUCUCUUGGCAUGCCAUCAUCCGCUUCUCCAGGCAUGUUAUGCACGAUCAUGAAAAACAGAACACUUACAUUUUCACCAGGAAUAUACAUAGAAAACUCAUUUUUUGAGGGUCUAAUUUGAAUAAAGAGACCGACAAAAGCUAUGAACGUUUGAGAAUGAGAUACUAAAUUGCAUUAAGAUUACCAGACUGCAUGCCUUGUAUCAACGAGAAAUAUUGCGUGUAGUUUUAUUCUGAUACAGGAUUUCAGAAGGGCAGAACAAGAAGUGCCUCCAAUCUCAUUUUUCACCAGGCACGCAGAUGGAAUCAAGGGAGAUAAAUGAGUGGCGCAAGGGAUCUAGCUUCUGACAUUCCUUCCCACUUCAUCUCUUUUGGCACUAGUCAUUUACACCGUACUUUAAAUUGGAUAAUACUUGGAAUGCUUCUUCUUUUUCUUGUAUCUUCGUUUCUUUUUUAACGUAUUAAACUGCUUGACAUUUAUUCAAUAAAGUUCGUUACUUAUUCAAGAAUAAAAAAUUACAUGUAUUUAGA